CUCAGCUGAUGGUGGAGAGCCAGAAGAGAAAUAACAGCAAACCAAUAAACCUCGUAACAUUUCGUACUUUAUUCUUACCUUUAGGAACUCCUGUGCAAAGGUAAAGAUGACCCAGCCUUCUUCAUCUGCAAUUGUGCUGAGGAACACAGCUGAGGCUGUUAUUGGUCCAUUGAAGGAUGGAAUCUCCUCCCUGAAUGGAGUCUACGAGGCCCUGAUUACUGCAGAUAAAGAUCCUGUUACUGGCCAAUGCUCCAACUACAUCUCUAUCAGACAGCAGAUAGUUCAGGCUCAUCAGCACCUGAAGCAGUCAGAACAGAUGGCUGGUUCAGGGUUGAAGAGUCUGGAUAAAAGCUUAGAGGGUCUUAUACAAGAUGAGGGAAAACUUAAUCGUGAGAUGAAUGAUAAAAUACAAACCUUAGACAACUUGAGAACAGAGCAGGAAUCUAAUAACCAACUACUCAGAGAAUUUCAGGGAACUCUCGAGGUGGCCAGGGGAAAUCUGAACUCAACAGAAAAGACGCUUCAGGAUCAGGAAAACAGGAAACACGAUGCUGAAAUCAUCACAGGUGUUGGAGCAGGGCUGUUUGCUAUACCAGUGAUUGGAUGGAUUGCAGGUUCUGCCAUGUUAAUUGGUGGUGCAGUUGAAUUGGAUCAAGCAACACAUGCUGUCAACGUGACUAAAGAGGAAGUGAAAAAGUCUGAAAGAGAAGUGGAAAAAUACAAUCAUAAAGUUUCUGACUACGAGUACAAGAUUUUCCAGACCAACUGUGACAUCAGUCAGAAAGAUGAAAAGCUGAAGCAGACCCGUGAAGAAAUCCAGAAGGUGAAGAAGCUGGUCGAGUCUGUAGCUGAGUUCCAGAAUAAAGUAAGAAGUGUCGUCCACCUCCUGAGUGUUCUGAGUGGGAAGGCCAGUGUAGCUGAACACCAGACUCGCAGAUUCAUCCUCAAGGAGCCUGUGGUGAAGGUGAUGGAAGAUGUGAUGAAGGCAGUAAAUGAGAUCACAGGGAAUGAGCUUCUCUACAAUGAAGACAUUCCAAGACUCAUUGACCAAAUGAAGGAGAACAACCAACGUCUCACAGCCAUCUGUGCCUCUCAGAAUAGCUCAGAAAAUGCUAUGUUAUUUUGAACAGACACAAAUGAUGUUUGGUUCUGUGCUUCAUCAGUUCAUAUAUUCCUGUACAACUUUGCAAGAUGGUGUGUCAGA